AAGAAAUAAUGCCUUUAUCUGUUCAUGUUUAAUUUCUAUUGUUAAAAUAUAUAUUUAAUUAUUUAUUUAUUUGUAAAUUUUACUGAUCGUUUUUGUACAGCACCAUAGCUUCACCAUUCAUUCAAAGGAAACAUGGCAAUGCUUUUGAAGGAUCGAGGGCAACUUUCGUUCGAUGACCACUGGCCGGUAAUGCGGCCUAUCAUUUUGAAACUGUUGCAUCAAGAAGCUGUUACAAGAACCGAAUGGCAAGAUCUUUUCUGGCUCGUCCACACAGUGUGCCUAUGGGAUGAUAAGGGGCCACCUAAGGUGUAUAAUAACCUUCAAGAUAAUAUCUUGGACUUCAUACGACAGGCUCAGUCUAAUGUACUGGCACACCAGGAGGAUCAAGCGCUUCUUAAGGCAUACAUUGCAGAGUGGCGCAAGUUUUUCACACAAUGCAACUACCUGCCAAUGCCAUUCUUCCAGCUAGAGCUCAACCUCGCCAACAAGUCACCCUCCAUACACAAGAAGGGACAGAGUGAGGAGAGCGUUGUGCGGAAGCUCAUGUUGGACAGUUGGAACCAGAGCAUCUUCUCAAACAUCAAGCAUCGGCUGCAAAACAGUGCCAUGAAGCUGGUGCAUGCAGAGAGGAAUGGAGAGGCCUUCGACUCACAACUGGUCAUUGGGGUCCGAGAGUCCUAUGUUAACCUGUGCUCGAACCCAGAGGACAAGCUGGAGAUUUACCGAGAGAACUUUGAGCGUGCAUACCUGGACUCCACUGAAGCAUUUUACCGUGCCAUGGCCCCUCAGUAUCUUGAGGCAAAUGGAGUACAGAAUUACAUGCGCUACGCUGACCAGAAGUUGAAAGAGGAAGAGCAGAGGGCGAACAAGUACCUUGAGGCUUACUCGGGCUCCAUACAAGCAUUGAUGGACUGUUGUGUGGGGGUGCUAGUGACAUCGUUCAAAGAGGUGAUCCUUGCGGAGUGCCCGUCCAUGAUAAAGAAUAAUGAGACAGACAAGCUCCAGUUAAUGUUUAAGCUAAUGGAUCGAGUUCCAGAUGGUAUCAUACCCAUGCUAAAGGAUGUAGAACAUCACAUUAUUGACCAAGGGCUGGCAGACAUGAUUGCCUCUGCGGAUAUCAUCACGCAGGAUUCCGAAAAAUAUGUUGAACAGCUCUUAGAAUUGUUCCGAAGGUUUAGCAGACUAGUCAAAGAAGCAUUUCAUGAUGAUCCAAGGUUCCUAACAUCCAGAGACAAAGCUUUCAAGCAAGUUGUUAAUGAUACAUCUGUAUUUCGAUUAGAGCUUCCUUCCAAACAGAAAGUGUAUGGUGCGGGCAACAAGACACAGCCUGAGUCACGAUGCCCCGAGUUGCUGGCCAACUACUGCGAUAUGUUGCUGAGGAAGACGCCCCUAAGUCGAAAACUUACGUCCGAUGAGAUUGAGGCAAAGCUCAAAGAGGUGCUAUUGGUGCUGAAAUAUGUACAGAACAAAGAUGUAUUUAUGCGCUACCACAAGGCUCACCUAACGAGGCGACUCAUAUUGGACUCUUCUGCAGACAGUGAGAAAGAAGAGAAUAUGGUGGAGUGGCUAAGGGAUGUGGGCAUGCCUGCAGAUUAUGUGAACAAGCUGGCUCGAAUGUUCCAAGAUGUGAAAGUGAGUGAGGAUCUCAACCAACAUUUUAAACUAGCAAUCCUUGACAAACAGCUCAGGAGGAGUAAGGCAGGACUUGCUCCCACAGAAACAAAUGGGAACCUUGCUGACUCCAUCAAUAUAAAGAUCUUGAAUGCUGGAGCUUGGGCCAGGGGCAGUGAGCGAGUCCAGGUUUCCCUCCCCCUAGAACUAGAAGACUUCAUCCCUGAGGUGGAGGAGUUUUACAGGCAAAAGCACUCUGGUCGUAAGCUGCAGUGGUACCACCAUAUGUCCAAUGGAACGAUAACAUUCGCGAACCGUGCAGGGAAGUUCGACCUGGAUGUUACCACCUUCCAGAUGGCAGUGCUGUUUGCAUGGAACCAACGACCAGAGGAUCGGAUCUCCUUCGAGAACUUGCGACUAGCCACCGAGCUGCCCGACGCAGAACUACGAAGAACGCUCUGGUCCCUAGUUGCAUUCCCCAAGCUAAAAAGACAAGUGCUGUUGUUGUCUCCAGACGUGAAAUCUCCCAAGGAUUUCGAUGAUAGCACACAGUUUUGGGUCAAUCAAGAAUUCUCAUUAAUCAAAAAUAACAAGCCUCAGAAGCGUGGAAAAGUAAACCUCAUCGGCCGACUGCAACUCUCCACAGAAAAGAGCAAAGAGGAAGACAAUGAAAACAUCACGCUGCUCAGGAUCGUCAGGACUCAGGAGGCGAUCGUGAAGAUCAUGAAGAUGAGAAAGAGGAUCACGAAUGCGCAGCUGCAGACAGAGCUGGUUGACAUCAUGAGGAACAUGUUCCUUCCCUCCAAAAAGAUGAUCAAAGAACAGAUAGAGUGGCUCAUUGAGUACAAGUAUAUCAAACGGGACGAGGAGAACAUAAACGUCUUCAUGUACACUAUGUGACUUAUCCCCCCUCCCGUGUUGAUUUUUAAGUUUUUCUUUUUUUUUUUGGUAAUGCCUGUGUAUAAAAGAAUUUGCAAUAAAAUGUUUGAGACUCUUGUAUACACAUGCCUCUCUGCUCAAUUUUUGGACAGAAGCGAGAAAUCCAACCAAAGGCUUGUUGAAUUGUUUGGUGCUACAUAGCUAAUGUAGGCUGUUGAGCCCGUAAACCCAAACCAACUGGUAGACUGCUCCCUUCCAAGAUUUGUGUGUGAGCAGUUCGUAAUUUGGUCCUAUCCUGGAGUAAGGAAGUGAAGCCUUUACCUUGGUGAAUCCUGAGAGACCAGUUCACAAGAUUACCUCUCUAUGAUGAUUGCCUUCCUCCCAUGAUGCUUUGCUGGAUGCUGGCUUCAAAGCAUGAUGGUAUACAAAAUCACUGCUGUUGCUUAUUAAACCCUUAUCCCAUGUGUGAAAGCAAGUGGAUAUCGGCUUAGAAUUUUUUAUUGAUCAAAAUUUGUUUGCUCAACUAAAUAAUUAUCAUUUUGAAGUGAUAGCGUAUCAUUUACACUGAGAUGGAUACUAACACAUCAACUCUGGAAAAUGCUUGUUUUGCAGGAUAGCUAUCUUUGGAAUCUACUGCAAACUGUAGAAGGGCUUCUUCUCCUUACUCUGACUCGAUAUAUAUGUAUGAUAUGUAUAAUAAAUUUUCUAUUAUAGCCAGUUUUGUUAUAGGUAAUUAACCCAUAUGUAGCUACAUAAAGUUGAGAACUUCAACUUCAAUGUGCAUGGGUGAAGCAUUAAGAGUACAUGGAAAAGAAAUCUCAUUUAAUUCUCUUAUGAUUAGUCUAUUUACAGAAACUGUUUCUGACGUUAUAAAGUACCCUCCAUGCAUUCAUAUACACAAGCUUUCAAAUGUUACAGUCAUUUAUUUGUACUUAACUCUCAAAUCUGAUUUAGUUUAUUCGGCCGAUUUCGUCUCGCAUAAAUCCCAACAUUGGUAAGCAAGCCAAUGUUAAAUUUUUCAGAAUUUGGAUUCUAAUAUGUUUUUCAGCCAAAUGUUCCUAAAGCAAACAUGUAUUGCUUAAAUAUUAGCUUUUAUACAAUAAAACAGAUAAAGUAAAAAAGGAUUACAAAAAAAAAGUUUUAAUUGAGAUUCCGAACAACUUGUCAUUUGCUUCCUGAAGACAAUUAACAAUACAGACAGCCUCAAAAUGAUUAUAAAAAAAGUUAAUGGCAUUAGUUUUUUAACCACAUAUUACUGAGAAUGCAUAAUUUCUUGCCCUCCCCCUCAAUUGUAAUAUAGUUAAAAAGAUUAAGGUAGAUUAGAUGGUUCCACUUUUAAAUAAUAUAACUCUUAAAAUUAAUAAAUUUUGUCUUCAAAAACAAUCCAUUUCAUAUUCUUUUUGAACUUUAAGUGCCUAAAACGCACAAAAUGUUGCAGUACUUUACAUUAUUUUUUUGACUGUCAAAAUAAAAAAUUUUAUUGUCUC